GGGACCAGUGUGGCUGUAUGUGGCGGAUGCCCUUCACUAAGCCCUACCCGUCUAGCACAAGUACAAUGGCUGUGGCGGUGCAGUUGCUGUCUGCACCCCGCGGAACAAUUUGCUCGAUUGGUCUAGCGACUUCCACCAAUUGAAUGGGUCGAGUAUUCUAUCGCGGGUUAGAGAUGCAGAACAUCUUCAUCAAGCUUGCGGUGAGCAUCUCUGCCGGCUUUGAUGCGAGGCUGCUGUCUGGGGCUGUAUUGUCCAUCUUGCUCGUUUUUGUUCUGGGUCGGGUCUUCCAUGGGAGAAAUGAGCGCGCCGUGCCCUACACCGUCUCGAUCCCUCCACAGUUGGACGACAACUAUGAAUGGAAGUCUGAAGAGAUAGACCAGCCUCGUCAAGAUGUCUCGGAGGUCCGCAAUGGCUACAUCUACCCUCGCUGUCCGGCAGAUGGUCGUAGUCUAGGGGAUCCCAUUGCUCCCGCUACACCAUCCUCCGUUGACCGUGCUAUUUCCGCUGCCGCAAGAGCCCAAAUACCAUGGUGGCAGACUACCUUCUCGGAGCGUCGUCGGGUCCUAAGCACUCUCCUGCAGCACGUGCUUGACCAUCAAGAAGAAAUUGUCACAGCUUGUUGUCUAGACAGCGGCAAGACAAAGAUCGAUGCCUGCUUCGGCGAGAUCCUAGUGACGGUGGAGAAGCUACAAUGGACAAUCAAGCACGGUGAAAAAGCCUUGUCGCCAUCAAGACGACCCACGAAUCUGCUCAUGUGUUACAAAGCCAACACGGUCGUUUACGAGCCAUUGGGUGUGGUGGCCGCAUGUGUCAGCUGGAACUAUCCUUUCCACAACUUCAUAUCACCUGUGAUAUCGGCGCUAUUUGCUGGAAAUGCAAUUGCUGUCAAGCCCAGCGAGCAGACUUGUUGGAGCAGUCUUUACUUUACAGACCUCAUCCGAGGCGGUCUCCGCGCAUGUGGCCACGACCCAGACCUCGUCCAGAAUGUCAUAUGUCUCCCCGAAGUGGCAGACUAUCUGACCAGUCACCCCGGACUCAGCCACAUCACUUUCAUCGGGAGCAGAGAAGUCGCCCACAAAGUAUGCACUUCGGCAGCUAAGGCGUUGACGCCUGUCACGGUCGAACUCGGGGGCAAGGAUCCCGCAAUUGUUUUGGAUGAUUCAAAAACAAUCAAGAAACUCGACGACGUUACUGCUGUCUUGAUGCGAGGAGUCUUCCAAUCUGCCGGACAGAACUGUAUCGGUACUGAACGUAUCAUCGCUCUUCCUGGUGUCCACGACAAGAUCUUAAGUAACGUACUUCCAAAAAUCCAAUCACUCCGUCUGGGUUCGGUCCUCCUCUCCGCAAAGGACUCUCCUCCAGACAUGGGCGCGAUGAUCUCAUCGCGGAAUUUCCAGCGUCUCGAGGGUUUGAUCGAAGCCGCUGUUGCGCAGGGCGCCAAGCUCCGUUGUGGUGGGAAGCGUUACAUCCAUCCCAAGUAUCCCAACGGAACUUAUUUCCAGCCCACUCUGCUCAGCAACGUCACUGUCGACAUGGAGAUUGCACAACAGGAACUCUUCGCGCCUGUGUUUGUGCUCAUGAAAGCACAGUCCGUCGAUGAAGCCAUUGCCAUGGCGAAUUCUACUCCUUAUGCCCUUGGCGCAAGUGUUUUUGGCCAUGAUCGAUUUAAUGUCGCGAAAUGUGUGGCCGGAAUCAAAGCUGGUAUGGUCGCCGUCAAUGACUUUGGUGCCUAUUACGCGUGUUCCAUGCCGUUUGGCGGCGUCAAGGGGUCUGGGUACGGUCGAUUCGGAGGCGAAGAAGGGUUGAGGGCUGUCAGCAAUGUCAAGAGUAUUUGUGCCGAUGCCUCGUGGGCUAUGUUUUUGGGGGUUAGUACUGCCAUCCCGCCGAAGCUGCAGUAUUCAGUCAGUAAAGAUGGAUGGGACAUUUGUAAAGGUGUGGUCGGGACGGGCUACGCUUUGACAUGGCGGCAAUGGAUUGCGAACGUGGUGGGACUCGUGGCGGCACUCCUGAGACGAGAUGCUGAUGUUGGAAAACACAAGGGUGCGUGAUACACUGGCAGUGAGCAUAUCAUGUCCCUGGAAAAUCCGCAGGAACUCAAACCUCAUUGAUGGGGUAGAUGAUAUAAUUCUUCUAGCAUGUUGGCAGCACCAGCAUGUUUUGCUUUUUGUUACAGCCUCAUCACGGUCUCGUCUCAUUUCUCUCUUCAUACACCAUGGUCACAUCUCACUGUUCGAACACCAUCGUACAUCUUCAUCUUCGUCACACCUUCGUUAUACUCUACACCAUUCCGAUCCACUCCGCUCCAAAAAAUCACAGUAGCGCUCAAAUGCCACUCCGCUUCACUCCUGACAAAUCCAUCCAUGUCUAUAAUUGCCGGUGUCUAAGACCACGAAAUGCCCAACAUGAUGGCAGCCCCAACGAACAUUGCACCAAACUGCAGUGCCGUCUUUUUCAGUUCUUGGCCCUUAUUCGGCCCGGUCUCCAACAACUCCGGAAUAACAGCCACUGUCCCGACGUACAAAAACGUCCCCGCCGUAAACGGUAGCAACAUAUCUCCCCACUGUAGACUGGUACCCCAGAUUCCCCGGCUGACGGCAGCCGCACCGUCCGAAUUGCCAUUGCCAUUGCCACCAUACUCCUGCACGAAAAUACCGAUACACGUGCCCAAAAACGCCCCUGCGGCCGUGACAAAUUGCGCGCCCAUGGCCUUCCGUUUCGAGAACCCAGACUGGAUCAGGAGCGCAAAGUCGCCUACCUCGUGGGGGAUUUCGUGGAAAAACACGGCCAUGGUCGUUGUAGCUCCGAGGGCGGGAGAUGCAUAAAAACUGGACGACAGGGCCAGCCCGUCGGUGAUGUUGUGGGUGAAAUCGGCGAUUAGGUUCAAUAGGCCGGCGAGCCUGACUGAUGGAUUUUCGGGGCUAGUGCUAGCUGUUGU